GUCAUCAAAUCAGCUGUGUAUCACACAGAGGGAACAUGUAAUAAUAAAUGUGCGUAUUAAAAUUUUGGUGUGAAAAUGUCCACUGAGACAAUUGAUAAAAAAGCAACUCAAUGUUUAUGAUAAAUUCACGGCCCAGUAGACAUGGCGCGGCGGAGGAGCAGCGGGAUCACAAGCCUGGGCUUUAACCAGAAUCAAGACUGCUUCACUUGCUGCCUAAGAUCAGGCCUGCGCGUUUACAAUGUUGAACCACUUGUGGAAAAGGCCCACUACAGCAAAGAAGAGCUGGGCGAGGUGUCGCUAUGCGAGAUGGUAUUCCGCAGCAACUUGCUGCUGCUCGUGAAAGCGCGCCGGCCUUGCAGCCUGUUGUUGCUGGACGACCAGCGGCGCGCCUUCAAAGCUGAGGUGGCUUUCAAGACGCCCAUACGUGCGCUGCGAGCUAGGCGGGACAAAGUGGCGGUCGUGCUAUCAUCAAGCAUACAAGUUCUAACGCUGCCGUCGCUGCAGCGAGUGGCGCUCCUGCGCACACCGCAAGCCGCGCGCCCGCUGUGCGCGCUCGCGAUCGAGCCCAACGCGGUGCAGGUGUUGGCUGCGCCCGCGCACAGGAAGGGCUCGCUGCAGAUACUGGACAUAUCCCGCGCAGUCAAAGGCGCUCAGUCUAGCUCGCCAGCUGUAGUGGGGUGCCACCAGACCGCUCUGGUCUGCCUGAGCGUGUCGUCCAACGGCGCCAAGCUGGCCACGGCGUCGGAACGCGGCACCAUCAUUCGGAUCUGGGACACCACCAGCAAGCUUCUGCUGCACGAGCUACGGCGAGGGUCUGACUACGCGGAUGUGUACUGUAUAAACUUCAACCCGUCCGGGUCGCUAGUAUGCUGCGUGUCGGACAAAGGCACGCUUCACGUGUGGGCCGCGCGCGGGUCCUACGCGCACCUCGCGUCCGCGUCCGCUGAGCCGGACACGCGGGCACUAUGCGCCUUCAGCGACGACGCCAACGCCGUGGUGGUAUGUGAAGAUGGGACGUUCCACAAGUUUACUUUUUCGGCUGAGGGCAACUGCCAUCGGAAUGAUUUCGAAUAUUUUUUGCAGGUUGGUGACGACGACGAAUUCCUGCAAUGAUGUUUUUUUAUACAAAAACUUUGCUGGACAUUACAACUUUAUCGGACUUACGUGCUGAGUGAAAGAACACUUAACCGCAAAAUUUUUAACUCGCGUUUGAAAAGUGAUCGCUAUAUUCUGUUAUCCAAUUAUGGCGUGUAUUUAUGAUACCUUGUGAACUGAUUACCUCUCGCCAAAAAGUUAUUUAUAAUAUUGCAUGCUUAAAAACUUUUUCGGAGGUAAAAUUUUAUGAAGAGGCAGCUAAUAUGGUAUCGUUGAACUGUCUUCAGCAGCAACUCAACCUACUGCAAAAUUAUGAUUUUAAUUUGAGCGCAAAGUUGAAAAUCUAUUGAAAAACUUGUCAUUUUGUGGUAGGGUGAAUAUGCUGGUGAUCGUACUUAUGAAAUAAGUUACAGCACAAGGACUCAGAUUCAUACAUCGAAUCAUGCUUUGUGUAACUAUAGAUACUACUUAAAAUACUCCACUUCGUUUGGAGAAAUUAUUGCUAAAUCUAUCUAGUUCUUAAGCACCGUGGCAUGUUGCUCACGUAUUAUUUUGACCUGUACAUAUUUUUUGCCCAUACAUAUUGUGUUCAAUCUUAUAGUUGAUUUAGGCUGAGUUGCACCACUUCUUUUAACCGUGACUAUAGCCAUAACUGGUGUUUUUUGUAUGAAGUUUGACAGACUUGACGUUUGUUAAAGUUAAAGUAAUUUGGUGCAACCCAGCCUUAACUAAUUCACAUUAUUCAGCGUUAUCUAGUUUGGGCUAUUCGCAUUAGUUAUUGUCGGAAUGGCAGUUUAUCCUUUACUUUAUUAUAAUGGACGGAGAAGUUUUUUUUUUUUUUUUUUAUGCAUAACAAGGCAGGUAUUUGACCACAAUCGCACCUGAUGUUAAGUGGGAUGUAAGUAGUAAUAUAAAUCGUGAUUUAGGUUAAAAUUUAAUGUCGUUAUAAAAGACAAAUGGUACUAAAUUGCAUUUUUAACAUAGUAUAAACAAACAAAUGUUUGUGAUGGAGUUGGAAUAUAAGAGAUAUAAAUGUUGGUUUUGUAAUUAAAUAUUUCUUGUGACAUUUUUACGUAACCCAAUGCUUAUUGGUGUACCAAAGCCUAAAAGAUUAGGGUUUGGUUGAAAUGAUAGUUGUGCGAUUGGUUGCGAUAGUUUCGAGUAGUUGGCUUAAGAAAGAAUAUUUUUUAAGAAGAUGUGUGUGAUUGCACCACCAGUAACUUAUACCACGGUCACAACUAGGUGGAUGCAAAACGCGCAGAUCCAUAAAAGCUCGGCUUUGCGGAGCUUGAUAUUUACCAAAAUUGCAGCUUGAUUCGCGCAAUUUAUAUAUUAUAAUUAUGAAUGUAUAAAAAAUAUGUUUGUGUUGUCUAUAAAAUUAGUUUUUUUUUUUAAUUUUAAUAAUAAUAAUGAUAAAUCAGUAAUUUACGGUACAAUAAACGCAUCUCCCUUUAAGCACCUAUUUUAUGUAAAACUAGCUGACCCGGCGAACUUCGUACCGCCUUAGCGUAGAGAUUUUCUUAAUAUUUUUUUCCGUAAGAACCAUCCUUAGACUUCCACAAACAUUAAAAAAAAAGAAUUAUCGAAAUCGGUUCAGCCGUUCACACGUGAUGCCGUGACAACGCGAAACGGGUUUCAUUUUUAUAUAUAUAGAUAAUAUGAUGCAAAUGUUACAUAAAAUCAUUUUUUAUGUUUCUUCAUUCAUUUCCUGUAUGGGCUAUAAUUUUUUAAUUUGAUUAUCGCUCAAUAAAAAUCUGUACCUUUAUACAUUGCUCAUUUUAGUGAUAAUCUGGUUCUUAUUUUAUGUAUAGUCUUCAUCCUUUAUAUUGAAUAAUUUUAAUUUAUCGUUCCUUAUAAUACAAGAUUUUAAUAAAAUAAAUAUAAUAGUCAUGCCUUUAUAUUGAGAGAAUAUUAGAUAAUUUUAAUUUUCUUGUUAAGAUAUUAUAUUAUUUACACAGAAUGUUCACACCAUAGUAACAGUGAAAAUUUUAUGUAAUGAUCAACAUAACGAAUAUUAUGUAAUUAUGUAAAUAAUUAACAGCAACAUAUUAUAGUUUUUAUACUUUGUCAGUAGAUUAAUAGUAAUGAAUCAUAAUAUUAUGUCUCAGCUUAACUAAAAAUUCGAAAUAUAAAUGAGAGGACAAUUAGGCUAAUAAGGCACAUUUCUAAAUGUAAAUAAGAAGUUUCAGAUGUUGGUUUAUUUUUUUAUGAAAUUGUAAUUGAAACAGCAUCUUCUGGUGAUAGAGGUCAUUGUACCCACAAAACUUUUCAAUAAUAAAAACUUCUUUUAUA